AUGGCGCUAAACCUAAGCAGAAUACCUGAUGAAAUUCCAGUUACUGUCAUAGGUCUAGACUUCAGCUUUAACCACCUGAAGAUACUACAGCAAGCUUCCUUCUCUCUGCUUCCUGAUCUAACUGCUCUUGACCACGCAAGGUGCAAAAUCAUCCUGAUUGAAGACAAUGUAUUUCUGCAUGUGAAACAAUUGACCAUUUUAAUUUUUACUGGGAACCCAAUCAAACAAAUCUCAGAUAGAUCUUUCUCUCAUCUGAAGAUACUAAAGCAGCUUACAUUUGUGGAAGUUUGUAUUUCUUCUAUAGGGGACUUGCCUAUUUUCUCCUUGACAAAACUGAAGGAGCUGAACAUGGGCAAGAACAAUCUGAAGACAAUAAGAAUGCCACAUACAUUAAAUUUCACUAAAUACGAACACAGCAAACCAACUGUAACAAUCAUUUUAUCAAAAAACAGAAUUGCGGACAUUGAACCUAUAGCUUUCAAUGGAAUGCACAUUGGUGAACUUCACCUGAGAAGUGCCUUUACCUCUCCUGAAAAUACGAAGAACUGCCUAAGAGCAAUGGCAGGCCUAAAAGUUGACAAACCUGUCCUUGGAAACUACAGAGAUGAUAAAACUCUCAUAUCAUCUCAGACUAACCUUUUUGAGGGCUUAUAUAUUAGCUCUAAUCACCUUAGUAUGAAAAAUUGCUGUAAUCUAAAGUUUUCUGGAUCACCCCAAUUAAAAUACCUUAACUUGAGCUACAAUGCUGAAAUUAGGUUUUAUAUCAUACCCUUCAACGGACUUGAAUAUCUAGAAAUUCUGGAUCUGAGUUAUUCAAAGCUUGAUACUAUUGGGGAAUACGGUUGUCUACAAAACCUAAAAAAUCUAAAAUAUCUUGAUAUUUCUUACACAAAUACCUAUUUAAGUGUUCAUAAUUCAAUGGAUGGUCUAACAAGUUUAAAGAUACUGAAGAUGUCUGGAAUCCUUUUUUGGGGGAAUAUUUCUGCCUAUAUUUUUAAAAACCUCAUGCAGCUGGAAUACCUUAAUGUCUGUGGGAUUAAACACUUAAUUAUCUCCAUCAAUAAAUUAUCAACUAUAGAUUUUCUUUUGAACCCAAGUCUUAUUUCACUGAAGUUAAUAGAUUUAGAUAAAAAUGUAAACAGUAGUCCUCAAAAUAUACUUGCUAGGCUGCCAAAAAACCUCUCUGCUUUUGACAUAUCCCACAAUCCUAUUGAGUGCACUUGUUCCGUCUAAGAAUUUAGAAAUUGGGCUGUCAAGCACAAAGCAAAAUUGAAAAACCCAAAUUAUGUUCUUUGCAUUGAUUCCUGCAAAAAUACUGUAACAAUUGUCAUAACCACAACGUUCAGUACUAUCACUAUUGUUUUGACAAUUGUUGCCUAUAAAUAUCAAUAUUACUUUGAUUAUGGCUGA